AUGGAAUGCACGCACAACGAGACUGACACGAUGUUACCAGAUGAUGAUGAUGAUCGUCUCAGCCCGGUGGUGAUCGCUCUCCGGACCGCCUACAUCGCCCUGAACAGCCUGGCGAUCAUCCUAGCCAACGCCCUGACGCUGGCCGUGAUGUGGCGAGCCCGUGGGGAGUUCCCACCGGGCUCCACCAAGCUCGUCAUGUCCUCCUUGGCCCUUUCAGACCUAGCCGUUGGGGUGUUGAGUAUAUCCUGCGUCCCCCUCUCGGCGAUGGACCGCUGGCCCUUUGGCGAUACCGUCUGUACCCUGAUGUGCUCUGUCUUAGUCUUAUUCGGUGGUAUCUCUAUCGGCAACCUGUUGAGUCUGACUCUGGAUCGCUUUGUAGCCAUCACCAGACCCUUCUCCUACCCGACCCUCAUGUCCAGGAAUCGAGUCCUUUGCAUGACUUGGUUCCAGUGGAUCAUUUUGACCGUACUCACGGUGAUCAUAAUGGUCACCGUUCGACCGCGUGUGCGGUACAACCGCGCUGCCGCAAUGUGCUUGAUCCAACAAGGCCAGGAAGCUCUCGCACUCGAUAUCAACUAUCUCUGUUUGUCAUUCAUCCUUCCUAUCGCCGCCAUGCUUGGCAUCUACAUCAAGCUCAUCCACACCACUCGCCAACAGGCCAAAAAGAUCAACACCGUGAACACUGCUUCUUCUACGGGCGGUAGUUCCCGGGCCAAGGCCGGCAGCGGCAAGGCGGUACGACUCUUCUGCGUGGUCGUAAUAGUGUACACGAUCUGCUAUCUGCCGUUCUCCGCGGUCCGCGUUUAUGCCGAUCUGCACCCGCUGGCGCGGCUGCCGCCCGCGGUGGAUUUCGUCUGCGCGUGGCUCAUCGUCAGCAACAGUUUCUGGAACUUUGUCAUCUACGUCGUCAUGAACGGAACAUUCAGGCAACUCUCCAAACAGAUAUUACUGGAAAUAUUUAAGAGGUGA